CGUCGUCACCUUAGGGCGCACGGCUUCAACUUUGGGCAACUCCUCUACGCAUGAGAGUCCAGUCGGACCUGUAUGGCCCCAUCGAUCGCCAUGUCAGCUCUGACCGCCGGUUUGAAACCCGAAGACCUUCCUCCUCCUCCUCCUCCGCGUCCGGUUCUCUCCAGCAGAGGCGAGAUGCAGACAAACCUCAGUCCCGCAGAGGACGCCGGUAAGCCAAAAGUUGCGAUCCUGCCGUUCAGCGUGGAGGCGCUGAUGGCUGAUCGGAAGCCGACCAGAGAGGUUCCAUCCCCGGACGUCCCAUCCGGUGCCGGGACAUCUCACGCGCUGGGGAAGGGCGCGCGGAUGAGUUCUUUUGGAGGUCUGGAUACGUCCGUUCCCGCGUUUCCCAUGAACUCAUCGUUUUCUGUGAGCGAACUCGUGAACGCGCCAGAAGACGCGCUGAUUAAACCCGAGAGUCCUGACGGCAAAGAGAGGACUUCGUGGAUUCAGAGUCCUCGGUUUUCUCCCACGCCUCCACGAAGGUUGAGUCCUCCUGCCUGUCCGCUGAGAAAACACAAGACCAACAGGAAGCCGCGGACCCCCUUCACCACGUCCCAGCUGCUGGCGCUGGAGAGGAAGUUCCGGCAGAAACAAUACCUCUCCAUCGCCGAGCGCGCGGAGUUCUCCAGCUCCCUCAACCUGACGGAAACCCAGGUUAAAAUAUGGUUUCAGAACCGCAGAGCCAAAGCCAAACGGCUGCAGGAGGCAGAACUGGAGAAACUGAAAAUGGCAGCGAAGCCCAUGCUGCCUCCAGCUUUCGGGAUUUCCUUUCCGCUCGGCGCGCACGUCCCCGCUUCCUACGCCGGCUCGCACCCGUUCCAGCGGCACUCGCUGCCGGUUUCUCCCGUGGGACUGUACGCCGCUCACGUCGGAUACAGUAUGUACCAUCUCGCUUGACAGAGAAGCGAAGAUGAGGACAGGUGACUCUCAUCCCGGUGGUGAACUCAUGCGAACUCUUAAACGAGCCCCUUCUGAGGACCCCGAAGUUUAUCCGCUUCUCUUGACCUCUCCAGUAAGUUCACACGCUGCAAAAAAUAAAAAAUA